AUGGCGCACUUCAUCAAAUGUAAUUUACUGCAGCAACUACGCAGAGCUGCUGAUCUUAGAUAUUUUGGAUCAAAGAGCGACAGUCUGAAGAGAACAUGCCUUUAUGAUUUCCACAUCUCUGAAGGAGCCAAGAUGGUUCCUUUUGCUGGUUGGGAGAUGCCUGUCCAGUAUAAGUCAGGAAUAUCUGAGGAACAUCUGCAUGUUAGAAAAUCUGUGGGAAUUUUUGAUGUUUCACACAUGCUGCAGACGCGAGUUGAUGGGGCUCAUCGGAAACGCUUCAUGGAGAGUAUGGUAGUUGGAGACAUUGAAGGUCUGAAGGAGAACCAGGGCACACUGACUGUGUUUACAAAUGAAAAUGGGGGAAUACUCGAUGACCUGAUAGUGAGCAAUGCCAGUAGUGGAUAUUUGUAUGUUGUUUCUAAUGCAGGAUGUGCUGACAAGGAUUUUGCUCACAUGAAGAAACUGAUUUUCCAAAAAUCAGGAGCUGACAUCAGACUGUCUGUCAUUGACACUGCUCUUGUGGCUGUGCAAGGACCCCAAAUGACAACAGUUUUACAGCCUGGAUUGGACUUUGACCUGAGGGAUCUUCCCUUCAUGACAACAACCGAGGCAACUGUGUUUGGUGUCAAGGGAUGUAGGGUUACCCGUUGUGGGUAUACAGGGGAGGAUGGAGUUGAGAUUUCUAUUCCUACAAGCAACGCUGUUAACAUAGUGUCCGCCUUGCUGUCAUCCACAAAAGCAUCAGUAAAAAUGAUUGGAUUAGGAGCUCGAGACAGUCUCAGAUUGGAGGCAGGUCUUUGCCUCUACGGGAGCGAUAUUGAUGAGAUCACCACACCUGUUGAAGCAGGAUUAACCUGGCUUGUCGGUAAGACACGUCGGACAAAAGCUGAUUUCCCUGGAGCGAAAGUUAUUUUGGAACAGAUAAAGUCCAAACCAAAAAAGAGAAGAGUUGGUUUCAUUUCUUCAGGAGCGCCAGUCAGAGGACAUUCUAAGAUCUACACAGACGAUGGGUCAAAGGUCAUAGGGGAGACAACAAGUGGUUGCCCCUCACCAUCGCUGAAAGUGAAUAUAUCAAUGGGAUAUGUUGAAACAGACUUCUCCAAAAAUGGAACAAAGGUGAAGAUUGAAGUUCGACAAAAACUACUGGAUGCUGAGGUUGCUAAAAUGCCGUUUGUCCCAUCAAAUUAUUACAUUCCUAAGUAA